CCUGGUAUUUGGAGGGAUGGGUCAUCUGUAAGGUGAUAAUCUAACUUUGAAAACAGCUAUGGUCUAGUUAUCUGAGAAUCAUAGUUAGUGUGAGGUCCCUCUGUCCCUCAGUGCCAGGUGUGACUUCCUAGUGUCCUCCACGUUCGCGGUGAUUUUCCUGUUUCUGGUCUGACGGUUCCAUUCCUUAUUAUUUUUCUGGCAGACGGAGCAAGCUUCAAGUUAGAAUCGGCUGGUCAAGUCUGUUAGAAACCCUCUUGAAACCUUCAUUGGGAUCACAUUGAAUUUAGGGAUCACUGGGGGCAGGAAUGACCCUGGGAGGUGGACGAGGGCUCGCCUCCAUGGGCACCUUCCCGGGAGAGCGCUAGGGUUCCCCUGACGUGGCUCAGAGUUUCUGGCACAUUCUGGAUCGCCGAGCGCCCUCCUGCUUUCCCCGGGGCGCAGAGGAGCCAAGUCUUGAGAGACGAAUCACAGGCUGGUGACAUGGAUUGGGCCCAGAGCCCGGAAGGACAGGAAUAGAGACUUCUGGGACAAUGAGGACCCGCCAUCUGCCCACAGGCAGGGCUCUUCUGUACAGCCACAUGCAGGCUCAGGGCUGACCGGGAGAUGGCGCUGACCUGGGGGCUGCUCCUCCUGGCCCUGCAGGCUCCCUGGGGCCAGUGGGUGACAGGGGCAGAAGAAACCAUCCCGCUGAAGACGCUGCGCUGCUACAACAACUACACCAGCCGCAUCGUCUGCAGGUGGGCGGACACGGAGGACGCCCUGCGGCUGCUCAACCUGACCCUCCAUCGCAGGGUGAAUGGGGAUCUUCCACAGCCAGUGUCCUGUGAGCUCAGUGAGGACAUGUCCUCGGGGGACUGCCCAGCUCACCAGUGUGUACACAGGAAGUGCCUCAUUCCCUACCAGGAAUUUGCCCUCGCUGACCACGACUACUACUUCUUCCAACCAGACCGGCCGCUGGGCAUCCAGCUCUUGGUGCCACUGACCCAGCACGUCCAGCCGCCCCCACCCAAGGACCCCCAGAUCAGCAAGACCGGGGACCAUUUCCUGCUGACCUGGAGUGUGGCCCUCGGGGAUCCCCAGACACCCUGGCUGUCGCAGGGGGACCUGGAGUUCGAGGUGGUCUACAGGCGGCUUAGCGACUCCUGGGAGGAGGCCACCAGCCUCUACUCCCGGUCCUCCCCGGCCGUCCUGGGCGCAGAGCUCCUCGUGCCCGGCAGCACCUACGUGGCCCGAGUGCGGACGCGGCUGGCCCCCAGCUCGCGCUUCUCGGGACGGCCCAGCCGCUGGAGCCCCGAGAUCCUCUGGGACUCGCAGCCAGGGGACGAGGCCCAGCCCCGGAACCUGCAGUGUGUCUUCGACGGGGCCCACACCCUGGGCUGCUCCUGGGAGGUCAGGUCCCCCGUGACCAGCUCCGUCUCCUUCGGCCUCUUCUACGCGUCCAGCCCAGAGGCACAGGAGGAGGAAUGUGCCCCGGUGUUGAAGGAGGAGCUCAGCGGCCUGUACACCCGGCUCCGGUGCCAGAUCCCGGUGCCCAACCCCGGGGCCCGCGGCCUGUACGUCGUCUCUGUCCGUCCACGGAGGGAGGGGAGGUUCAUCAAGAGCUCGGACAACAUCCAGAUGGAGCGCCCAACCCUCAAAGUGACCAAAGACGGAGACAGCUACAGCCUGCGAUGGCAAGUGGAGAAAAUGUACUACACACACCUCGGACAGACCUUUGAGGUCCAGUACCGGAGGGACGCAGAGAAGUGGGAGGACAGCAAGAGAGAGACCCUGCAGAACGCCCACAGCAUGGCCCUGCCAGCUCUGGAGCCCUCCACCCGGUACUGGGCCAAGGUGAGGGUCAGGCCCACCCCCGGCGUCUACAAUGGCAUCUGGAGCGAGUGGAGUGAGGCUGCCUCCUGGACCACAGAGUGGGUGCUGCCCACGUGGGUGCUGCCGAUCGUCCUCGUCCUGGUCACCCUGCUCCUGCUCCUGGCACUGCGCUUCUGUGGCGUCUACGGGUACAGGCUGAACAGGAAGUGGAAGGAGAAGAUCCCCAACCCUGGCAAGAGCCACCUGUUCCAGAACGGGGGUGCAGGCCUCGGGCCCCCACCCAGCCUGUGGGCUGCCCCCAGCAGGAGCCCGCCUGCCCAGGGGCCCUGGGACAGCCAAUUUCCUGAGCUGGAGAGGGUGCCCUCUAAGGGUUUUGGAGACUGUGAGGUGUCACCUCUCACCAUAGAGGACCCUCAAGUGUCCUGCCAUCCACCAUCUGGGCCCGAUACAACCCCAGCUGCCUCGGGGCUGCCCACGGAGACACCCCGCGGCCCCCAGCCGGGCCCAGCAGCCCCCUCAGGCAGGGCUGAGAACCGUCUGCCCAGCUUUGACUUGAAUGGCCCCUACCUGGGGCCCCCCCACAGCCGCUCCCUGCCUGACAUCCAGGGCCCGCCGGCGCCUCCCCAGAGCCAGGAGCCAGCGCUCACGGGCUCCCUGGAGUACCUGUGCCUGCCCCCUGGGGGACAGGUGCAGCUGGUCCCCCUGGCCCAGGUGAUGGGGCAGGGCCAGGCUGUGGACGGGCAGGGCCAGCGCAGCCCUGCGGCCCAGGAGACCCCCUCCCUGGAGUCCAGGGGCGGCCCUGCCCCUCCUGCCCCUGGGCUGGGGGUGGGUGAACAGGACCCAAAGCACAGCCCAGCGGCACUGCCCAUGAGCUGUGGAGACCCUGAGGAUGCUGGUGUGGCCUCUGCCUAUGUCACCACGGCAGACCUGGCUCUUGCCCUGCCCACGGGGACCCCAUCUGUCUCUCCGGCUCUGCCUCUGAGCCCCCCCUUUGUCCAGAACCCCAGUGUCUGUCCUAGGCCACCAGAUGGGCCCCUUGGAGCCCCAGGCCCCGGGAAGCCAGGGUUCGAGGGCUAUGUGGAGCUCCCUCCAACCAUGGGCCAGUGCCCCCAGCCCCCCAUGGGCAGUGCUGCCUCUCCUAUGUCCAGCACCCCCAUCCUGAGCCCAGGGGAGCCCCGGGAGGAAGUAGCCCUGGGGUCCCCACCUGCCGAGGGGCUCCUUGUCCUGCAGCAGGAGGGUGACUAUUGCUUUCUCCCUGGCCUUGGACCUGGGCCUCUCUCACCCCAGCGCAAGCCCUCCUGCCCCGAGCCCUGUCCUGAGGUCAGGGACCCCAGGCAGCCCAAGCCCCACGUGCCAGCCAUUCAGCUCUUCAAGUCCCUGAAGCAUCAGGACUACCUGUCCCUGCUUCCCUGGGACACCAGCAGGCCUGGGCAGGUGUGCUGAGGCCUGCAGACCUCCCCCAAGCCCUGCCCUGUCCCUGUCAUCCCUGCAAGGCCCGGGGCCUUCCAUACUGAGAUGGAGGGGCCUGGAGAAUGCCCAGGCCAGCCUCGGGUCCUCCCCAGACGCCUUCUCCGCCGCUCACCUGUGCGCUCUCUCUCUCUCUCUCUCUCUCUCACACACACACACACACACACACACACACACACUUUUCUUUCAAGGGAACUGAUUUUGAGGUUCUGGGCUGUUCUACCUCUACCUCCCUCCCAUUUUUUAAAAUUCAUAUUUCUUGCUUUUUUUUUUUCACUCUUGUUUUUUUUAUUGAUUCAGUUUUGGCGUGAUUCGGGGGUCCUAGUGGGCCUCUUCUGAGUGCAGCUGUCUAGUUUGCCUAAGGACAGGUUAGCUGCGUGUCCCCAGCAGAUGUACAGAGCCUGCUUCUCGCCCAACUGUAGGAGGCACGAGGUUUCAGGUGGGGCCUGGGGUGUCAGACCCUGGGUUCUAGCCAGAUAGAUGGGGGCUGGGAGGGGAGGGGAGCCCGGAACCCACAUGGCAGAACCCACAACUGUAGAAAAGUUGGGGAAACUGCAUUAUGAGGAAAAAGGGGGAGACGAUCAAAGGGUAGCCAGAAGACUUCCAGCCCAGCCGGGCCAGCUGCCCUCCCUCCAGGGAGACCGCCAGACUCUGGCUCCCACUGUCUGCUGCCGAACGGUGGGGCUUCCGCGUCUGGCCUUACCCUGGGGAGUUAUGGUUCUAUGAAAUCUUUGCUUCUCUGAUCUACAAAUAAUAAUGGCAUUACAUGGUCCUUGUUGGCAUUACCUGACCACUCUCGAGUUUGCACAGGGUUUUGGAUGGAUCCUGUCCAUUGCUGUUUUUCGCGGGUUAAGCCCGUUACGGUUUUUGUUAGGUGGGACCCUCUCCUUGUCUGAUGGGGUUUUAAAAACUGUUCUCGGAUGGCCUUUCAUCCAUGGUGCCAGUGACUCUCCUGACCCCCCACCCCCGUUAGUUGUUCGUCCUAAACUUUGUGGGGGGACAACUUGGUGCACUCCGUGUUUGCUCCUCCGUUUGUCUGGGGGACGCCAACUCCUUCUCCUCUUUUGGUGCCAAGUUGACAAAGGCCUUGUCCAUGGCAGAGCCGCUGCCUUUGCCCGACUUUUAUGUCUCUUUUUAUGUUUUAAGCAUUUCAUGUAAAAUUUUAAGUAUUUUGGGACCCACCCACGUGAGACAGGUGUGUCUCUCUGUUUUCCCCAACACAGAGCUGGGCAUCUUUGCUGCUUUGGAUUGUCCAUUUGUGGUCCAUGUGUCUGAAAUGCACCUUUGUGAGGCAGAAAGUUCUGGAAUGGACUUUGGUUUUUCUGGGCUUCCUGUCCUAGCCUCGCUGUCUCCACGGUCCCCACCGUCCUGAUGGCCUGGUUCUGUGAUUGGUUUUGCCAAUGGGGGAGGGUGCCGGUUUCCUUUCUCCCUGGGUUCCCUUGCGUUAGAGUUGUGCUGUGGUUGAAGAGAAUCGUGAACGACGUCAACAGCCAUCGAGCCUCCAAUCCGUCAGGGCCUGUUGGUGCCUUCCGUAGAGUUCAGUCUUCGGAAAAUGAAUGUAUUAGAAAGCAAUCCCCAAAUGCCUGGACAUUGUUAAGAGGUGAACAUUGUAAUAAAAUAUUUAUAAUGCU